AUGUUUGGUAUUUUACGUCACUCAUACUGGAGCUACUACGGCCCAAUGACCUACUGCCGCACUCCAUUCUCAUUAAAAAAAAACCAGUCUCCUAAAUCGACCAUCAGAGUCCGAAAAACCAUAAAGAAGCCCCAAAUUCCAAACCCUAGUUUCUCUAUCCUCACUCGCCGGAAGAAGAUGUCGCACUUCGGUAGAUCUGGGCCGCCGGACAUUAGAGACACCUACUCUCUCCUCGUCCUCAACAUUACUUUUCGUACGACUGCCGACGACUUGUUCCCACUUUUCGACAAGUACGGAAAAGUGGUGGAUGUGUUCAUCCCAAGAGACCGGAGGACUGGAGAUUCAAGGGGAUUUGCAUUUGUGCGAUAUAAGUAUCAAGAUGAGGCUCAAAAGGCCGUUGAGAAGCUAGAUGGAAGAGUGGUUGAUGGUAGAGAAAUAAUGGUUCAGUUCGCUAAAUAUGGUCCCAAUGCAGAGCGAAUUACCAAAGGGAGAAUCGAGGAGCCUAUUUACAAGUCAAGAGGAAGGUCACGGAGCCGCAGUCCUAGGCCAAGGAGUGAUUACAGAGACAGAGAUUACCGUAGGAGAAGCCGAAGCAGAAGUAGGGGCAAAUACGAACGAGAUCGUCAUCGUGGCAGGGACAAGGAUAGUCGCUACCGAAGCAGGAGCAGGUCCCGAAGCCUAAGCCGUAGUGUAAGCCCUGAUUAUCGCCGAGAACGUGGAAGAGACAAAUAUGAUGGUGAUAGGCGAAGACGGAGUCGGUCUUACGAGAGUGGCUCUCCUCCUCCAAGGCGAAGUCCUAGCCCACGGAAGAGCCCGUCUCCUGUAAGAUCAUCAUCACCGCUGUCUAGAGGUGGAAGCCCGGGUGCCCGUAAUUUGAAGGAACGAUCCAUCACUCCUAAGAGUGUCUCUCCUCGUACUCGUUAUGAUUCUCGAAGCCGAUCUCCACGUUCUGAGGCUGAUGACUAG